CAUUAUUUUAUUUGGUCAUUUUCAAACAUUAUUCCUUGGAAACAAAGAUCAUUUUCUUUUCUUUCCCGCCUCCCACCACCCCUCCCAUAGCCAAUGCACGAUUCCACUGGGUAUCACAUGUGUCCUUGAUUCGAACCUAUUUCUAUGUUGUUGGUAUUUGCAUUAGUGUUCAUUUAGAGUCUCUCCUCAGUCAUGUCCCCUCAACCCCUGUAGUCAAGCAGUUGCUUUUCCUCGGUGUUUCUACUCCCACAGUUUAUCCUCUGCUUGUGGAUAGUGUUUUUUUCUCAUAGAUCCCUGCAGAUUGUUCAGGGACAUUGCACUGCCACUAAUGGAGAAGUCCAUUAUGUUCAACUGUACAACAGUGUAUUAGUCUCCGUGUACAAUGUUCUCCUGGUUCUGCUCCUCUCGCUCUGCAUCACUUCCUGGAGGUUGUUCCAGUCUCCAUGGAAUUCCUCCACUUUAUUAUUCCUUUUAGCACAAUAGUAUUCCAUCACCGACAUAUACCACAAUUUGUUCAGCCAUUCCCCAAUUGAAGGGCAUCCCCUCAUUUUCCAAUUUUUGGCCAGCACAAAGGGUGCAGCUAUGAAUAUUCUUGUACAAGUCUUUUUCCUUAUUAUCUCUUUGGGGUACAGACCCAGCAGAGCUAUGGCUGGAUCAAAGGGCAGACAGUCUUUUACAGUGAUAUAUAUUUUUUAAAAAUAGAUGUAUAUUUGUUGGAAAAAAAGAAUAAGCCCAAUCAAGCCUGAAUUCUGGAAUACUUAUAUGACCCUCAGUGCUACAUAUAUCAUUUAAAAGACAGGAUAAGCUGCUAAGUGAAUGGCUGAAGAAUAUAGACAUUCCCUGGGUCAUGAUGCCCUCAGACCAGAUAUCAGAGCCUAAGAUCUCGCUCAGGGUCAGACUUUAAAUUCUUUAGAGAUAGAUUUGGUUUUCUUUAUUGCAUCAUUUUUCCACAUGUAUCAAAAGAAGUGGACAGUAGUGGGCAACUGCAUGGUUCAGUGGAGUGAGAGAGCCAGGCCUAGAGAUGUAAGGUCAUGAGUUCAAGUCUGGCCUCAGAUACUUCCUAGCUGUGUGACCCUGGAGAAGUCACUCAACCCCCAUUGCCUAGUCCUUACUGCUUUUCUCUCUUGGAAUGAAUUCAUAGCAUUGAUUCUAAGUCGGAAGGUAAAGAAGUAGACAGUAAUUAGUUGGUCUAACUAGUGACAGCAGACUUUCCAUUAUAUCUUGGGUACAUGCUACUGGAAGAAAGCUUUCAUCUUGACUCUGCAUGUUAGCUUUACAUGUUUAGCAGAAAAUUACCAACUAUCAUUUUAUCUCUCUUCUUCCUGGGAUCAUGGAUAGCCUUCUUUUUAUCUAUUAGUUCCUGUAAAUUCUAAUCCUUUUUCUAUAGAACAUAGGAUGCUCCUGUUCCUUUGAAAAGUUUAGAUUCAUACUCUAAUGAGAACAGUUCCAUAAACUCCAGUAGGACACAGAUUCUUUUUCCUCGAUCUCUUUAUGCUCUUCUGCAAUCAACCUCUGGAUAUUGGUUGAUCUUUUUCCUCCUCCUUAAAAUAUUUUCUUCCUAUUUUUCUUCUUGAAUGUAAUUUCUUCUUUUCUGGCUAAGAAUACUUCUUCCCAUCUAAUAAGCCAGGGCUUAGUCAGAUAUUGCUGAAGCCUUUUCACUUUCUUCUCCUCUAAUAGCAAGACUAUUUUGCCUUUAUUGCACAUAACUGGUGAAGGGUUGGGGAGAGAAGGGGAAGAAAUCAAGAAAAGGGCUAAGGAGGGGAGAGGAGGAGAAGGGAGCUUGCUCAUAACACAUACUUCUCAGACCAUUGAAUAGUUCCCUUGAUGACCAAACGUGGACAACAAAAUCAACUACAGCUACUCAGGGUUCUACCUGGAAAAGUCUCAUGUAAAAUACCCAUUUUCUGUGCCUUUCACUUCUGGGUCCCACUGAUCAUUUGAGAUUUCUGGGAGUGCUGCCUUUAAGCCAACCUGCUUCCCUUGCUUGUCUCUACUAAUAUGCGGAGGUAGUUCUAGUAUUUAACCAUGCUCACUAACUUGUGCCUACCAUGUAUGAACCCACCCUCAUUCGGAAAAUUCUAAGCAUCCCAAGAAUUGAGUACAGGUAAUGAGAAUCUAAUGGAAUGAUCUCUUAACCUUUAGGAGACUUCAUUAUCUCCAUCUGCGAUGUGACUUCCACGAGCAUCAAUCUGAGGUGGACCAAGUUUGCAGGGGCUGUGUCUUACCAGGUCACAGCCACUCCUGUCAAUAUGUUAGGCCCCUCAAUAUUUGCCCUUUUCAAUGGUGUCACACUCCUAGGCACAGUUGCCUCCCUCAGACCCAACACUGUCCAUACCAUCAAAGUGGAUGCCUUUGAUAAGAACGGGAUGUUGCUGGCUGAGGCACUGACAAUGCAAUUAACAGCUCCAGAAAUACCCAUUAUUGAUCAGGCUUAUUCCAAACUUAGCAACAGCAUCACUGUGGAGUGGACACCUGUGCCAGGGGCUACCAGUUACCUGCUCACAGCCCAAGAUGGAGAAUCCUUCAUUGAAACAAUAGUCACCAAUUCACCAGGCACCGUGUCAGGCCUGAAGGCAGCUACCAUGUACAAAAUCACCAUCAGAUCAGUCAAUGCUGGAGGGAGAAGCCAGGCAUCACUUCCCAAGAAAGCAAAGACAGUCUUGGCUGCCCCGAUCUUGGAUGUGAGCUCUCCAAGUUCUGACUCUAUCCUAGUACAGUGGGAAGCUGUGUCCAUGGCAGUUGGAUUCUCUGUGUCCAUCAUGCGCUCCAAUGGCUUGGGUAGGAUGUGGAAAGAGAACACCACCAACACUUCUUUGACUUUCACCAGUCUGGACGCAGGAACGCUCUAUACCAUAAAGGCAUAUGCCUGGAAUGCUAAUGGAAUUCCUGGAGAUGAUUCUACUUACAAUCAGAGAACAAGUCCUCAUGCCCCAGCAGACAUUCAAGUUUCUUUUGAUAGUGGGACUCAGAAGGCAACUGUUUCAUGGAUGCCAACCGAAGGAGCUUUCAGCUAUACUGUGACAGCUUCCAGUGGAGCUUCAAAACUGAAUUGUAGUACUGCAUCUACCUCCUGCACCAUCUCUGCCCUCCAGUGUGGAACUGAGUACACCCUUUCCAUUUUGGCAAGUAAUGAUGCUGGAUCUAGUCACUCAACAGCAACAGUGAGCUUAAAGACUGUUGCUUGUGCUCCCAGAAGCAUAUUAAUCCAAGAAGACAAUCCUGGCCAUCUGUCUGUGUCAUGGUCUGAUGCUGAACUUGGAGACUACUAUGUGGCCUUUGUGAAAAGUGAUGAUGGUUUGGAGAUGCAUUGUAAUACAUCAUUGACCCAAUGCAAUUUCCCAGCUGAGUGUGGAUUCACAUACUUUAUUAGUGUCUUUGCCUACAAUGAGGCAGGGCAGAGCCCUCUGGGUGAUGUGUUCAACUACACAACAGCUCCUUGCUGCCCUGGUGACAUUAAUCCAGUGUUUGUGUCCAGUGAUACAGCCCAGCUUGUCUGGUCUCCUGUCCGUGGUGCUGAAAUGUAUGAAACAAAAGCUGUUGAUGGGAACCACGUAAUUGAGUGCAACGACACUGCCACUGCUUGUACCCUUUCUGCUUUGCAGUGUGACACUGUGUACAAUGUCACUGUAUAUUCUUUCAGUGAAAUCAAGGGGAGCAAUACAUCUUGUGCUCCCCAGUGUGUGACAACAGCUCCUUGCAGUCCAGAAAUAAAAAAUGUAUCCAAGGACACUUUCCCCAUCAUUAAUGUGCACUGGCAAGCUACUAAUGAUGAAGCCACUUAUAUAGUAACUGCCAAAGGAGAAGCUGGACUUUACCACUGCACAAGCUCUGGAGAAUUCUGUACAAUAACUGACCUGCCCUGUGGAUCCAUUUUCUCCAUCAGUGCUGUGGCACAAACAGAAGCAGGACAGAGUUUGCCAAGCUACAGUGUGCCUUUAGAAACAGUGCCAUGUUGCCCAGCAGAUCUGAAAGUAAUUCAAGUCACUCAGUCUGUAACCAAUGUAAGCUGGACCAGUGGGACUGGGGCACAAACUUAUGUGACAAUUUUAGAGUCUCCCAAAGGACAAUCUAAGUGCCAUACUUUGCAAAAUCAUUGUAUCUUGGGAUGCAUCAGCUGUGGCACCAAUUAUACAGUGGCUCUAAAAGCUAUUAGUGCUACAGGAUUGACUGCUGUUUGCACCUACCAAGACUAUUCUUCCAGUGCUUGCUGUCCUUUGGGGGUGAAAUUAUAUCUCCUGGGAAAUAAUGGUAUCCGGAUUUGCUGGCGAACCUCUGUAGGGUCUGCAAACUACCGGGCAGAACUCUAUGGAUCCAAAGGCAUUUUUACUUGUACCCCAAGCUCUGCCUUGAGUUACUGUGACAUCACUGAGAUACUCUGUGGAGAUGUAUAUACAGUCAUGGUGUCUCCAGUUGAUGAAAUGGGAUCAAAACUUACCUUCUGCCCUCAAAAAAUAUAUUCAGUAACCUGCUCCGGCAGUUCAGUAGGAAUGGUAAUUUUCAGAGGAAAGAGAAAUGCAGAAUAUACUAAAUUCUGGAUGGAAACAGAGAUUCAGUAAAAUUGCUUUGUGCUAUUUGAUUUUAAAGUUGCAAAUAAUCUAUGAAAACAUGAAAGAUAAAGAUAAAAGGCAGCUGAGGGAACCAACCCUCUCCUUCCUUUCUCAAUAGAUGAAAAACUUUAACCCCACCUUUCUUUUAGCAAAGCCAAGGCUUUGAGCAAAGUCAUACAAGAAAGGAAGGAAGGAAGGAAGGAAGGAAGGAAGGAAGGAAGGAAGGAAGGAAGGAAGGAAGGAAGGAAGGAAGGAAGGAAGGAAGGAAGGAAGGAAGGAAGGAAGGAAGGAAGGAAGGAAGGAAGGAAGAAAGAAAGAAAGAAAGAAAGGAAGGAAGGAAGGAAGGAAGGAAGGAAGGAAGGAAGGAAGGAAGGAAGGAAGGAAGGAAGGAAGGAAGGAAGGAAGGAAGGAAGGAAGGAAGGAAGGAAGAAAGCAAGCUUUGUAGAGAAUCCUGUCAAGAAAGAAUUAUAUGCCUAUCAACCUUUAGCCCUGGACUAUCUAUCCCAAGCCUUCCAGUGUAGAUCAGGCAGCUCUUCCCCUCACUGCCCCUCUUUUUUUCCCACUUAGAUUAGAUAGGUAGAUGUCUGGGAAGAAGAGCAAAAAUAUAAAUGGUAGCAGAGUAACCAUGAAUAUGUUAGUGCUAUAAAUUUCAGAUGCAAAAUCUGAGUUUGAACCCAGUGCUUUGGACCAUAUAGAAGGACUGUAAAGCACUCUUUAACUUCCUACAGGACUCUGUGAAAUCUAAACCUCCCAUCCAGGUUCUUCACCUAUUUCGCUCAUGUUCCCUAUAAAUUCUGCAGAGCACCAAAGUGCCAGUGAACAUGUCUGUAAAUCAAAGCUAAUCAAAUGUGCAUCUAUGAGUCAAAGUCCUUCAGUAUAGAACAAUUUCCUGCCCUUAAUUGGCUCUUCCACCCUGCAACAUUUUCUGGUGAGGCAUAAAGAUGGAAUGAGCUACCCAUGCACCUGUUCUUUAUUAUCACAGAGUCCAAUCAAGUCAAUAAGCAUUUAUUAUGCACUUACUAUGUGUCAAGCCCUCCCUUAAGCAGCUAGGAAUACAAAUUCAAAAAGAAAAAAAGACAGUCCUUGCCUUCAAGGAGUUUACUUUCUAAUGGAGAAAGACAACACAUAAAAAGAAGGUGAAAAGUAUGGGAGAAAGGAAGGAGAAAGUACCUAUAGAGUACAUGAGGGAGUGCCAAGAAUGGCUCCUAGAGAAGAAAGAAAAAAUGGGAGGCCUGGUCACUUUCCUUAAAAUGAAGAUUCUGGGAGGAAAGGAACAAUCAAAGGAAAGGGGCACAGGGGCAAAAAAUAUUUACACUUUGAGAAGUCCAGGAGCAGAAAGGAUUUCCAAGGUGAAGAGGCUGCUGUGUGCAGAAAGUCUGAAGAGUUAGAAGCGGUUCAAAGAGAAAUGAAGAGGGCAGAAGAGUCAUGUUAAAGUCUCCCUGGAACAUGGCCUUUUAAGAGCCAUUGCUGAAAAACAAAUGUAAAACUCAGAAGCUGACAGGCCUUCUAGUUUGUGAAGAAUGGAGCUUCAUUUCUUGGGGGAAGAUUUUCCAAAAAAGGAAGGUCUUUUGAGUCAGCUUCUCAAACAAUGGGAAGCCUUUCUGAGAAUGACUGCAGAUGCUAAUGACAAAACACAGUCACAGAUUCUCUGCUGGCAAGAAUUUGUAGCCUGUUUAACCACACAAGGAUUGCCAUCACUUCAAUUUGUUCUGUUUUGUUUUUUAAGAAGGACAAUAACAUACAAUAUAAUACAGAUUUGUUGGGCACCAUAAAGA